UUAGAUGUAUUGAGCAUGCUUUUGAGUCUGAUAGAAAAGUUUAUAUGAAUUUGAAAUCACUUAGAAAAGUAUCGUUGGAAUUAUAUAUAUUUUUUAAACAGCUUUUUAGUCAAGAUUCUAGAAAGUUGCAGGCUUCUUAUCUUGAACGCAACUCCUAUGGAAUCCGCUACGCAAACUACGUAGUUGCUGUCAAAGUUUCCCGCGAAACUACUGCACAUGCAAAUCUAUAUCAAAACAUUUCUGCACUGGUGAUAUCCUUCAACUGGGUAACCCAGCAGUCUCUUAGCACCUUACCAAUAAGAGCAGAGGAGCAGUCAUCUCGUGGCAGUUCAGCAGCCUGUUCCUGAUAUUGUCGCAGGCAUCUAAAAGUCAAGACGGGCCAUGAGUGAGGUCCAGGAUAGAGAUUGUGAUCCCCAGAACUCCCAUGUUGACAGAAGAUGGGACAGUCAGUUGUCAGUCCUCCCAGACAAGCUACAACAGAGACUGAUGCCAUUCCAAAAGGAGGGGGUCAAAUUCGCCCUAUCAAAGAAUGGAAGGUGUAUGAUCACAGAUGAGAUGGGUCUAGGGAAGACGGUGCAGGCUAUCUCUGUGGCCUACGUCUACAGACAGGAGUGGCCUCUGCUCGUCGUGGUGCCCUCCUCUCUAAAGUACCUCUGGAUCGAGGAGAUGGAGAGGUGGAUCCCUGAGCUCAACCCUGGAGAUAUCAACCUGGUGGAGACCAAGAGUGACACGCUGGGGAUCAGUAGCAGUAAGGUAACAGUGUUGGGUUAUGGGCUGCUCACCACAGACGCACGCCCCCUGGUGGAGGCGCUGACCAGACAGAGGUUUAAUGUGGUGGUGGUGGAUGAGUCCCACUACCUCAAGUCCAGGAACGCAGCCAGGUCUAAGAUACUGGUACCACUCAUCCAGAACGCCAAGCGGGCCAUCCUACUGACGGGCACCCCGGCCCUAGGACGGCCAGAGGAGCUCUUUAUGCAGAUAGAGGCUCUCUAUCCUAGGAUGUUUGGAACGUGGAGUGACUACGCCAAACAAUACUGUAACGCCCACUACAGGUUCUUUGGUAACAGGAGACAGUGGGACUGUCGUGGUGCCUCUCAUCUUGAGGAGCUCCACCAGCGUCUCAGUGAGAUCAUGAUCCGGAGGCUGAAGGUCCAGGUCCUCCCCCAGCUACCCCCCAAAAUACGCCAGCGCAUCCCCUUCGACCUGCACAAAGACGCUGCCAAGGAGGCGAGCGGCAGCUUGGAGGAGUGGGAACGCCUGAUGAGGACCAUGGGUUCGGGGGUCUCUGCCACGGACAACCCCUUCACUGAAGUCAUGGGGCUCGUGACACGCAUGUACAAACAGACCGCCAUCGCUAAGGCCGGAGCAGUGAAAGACUACAUAAAGAUGCUGCUGGAGACUGAGAAGUUAAAGUUCCUGGUGUUCGCUCAUCACCUGACCAUGCUACAGGCAUGUACCGAGGCUGUCAUCGAAGCCAAGGCCAGUUACAUCCGUAUCGAUGGCAGUGUUCCGUCCUCAGAGCGUAUCCACUUGGUUCACCAGUUCCAGAAUGACCCUGAGACGCGCGUGGCCGUUCUCAGCAUACAGGCUGCUGGGCAGGGCCUGACGUUCACAGCGGCCACUCACGUGGUGUUUGCUGAGCUGUACUGGAACCCUGGCCAUGUGAAGCAGGCUGAGGACCGGGCGCACCGCAUCGGACAGACCGCCUCCGUCCACGUGCACUACCUCAUCGCCAAGGGAACCUUUGACACCGUCAUGUGGGGCAUGCUCAACAGGAAGGAAACGGUAACGGGCAGUACUCUGAACGGUAAGAAGGAGUACUUAAAGGCAGAGUUGGGGGAUAAGGACAAAUGGGACUUCCUGAAUUUCGCCGAGGCGUGGACACCAAGCGAGACGACCCUGGCAGCAGGAGGAGUGGUUGACAAUGACAAAGAUCCUGUGUUCUUUAACCAUUUUGAGAAGGACAAACAGCACGACAUCCGUUCGUUCUUCUCUCCGGACGCGGGUAAAGAGAAGAAGAGGAAAAGAACAGAGGGUGAGGUUUCCCCCAUUACCCCCUCAGAGAAGGAGGGUCCUAUAGAUGUGGAGAAAAACUACAACUCCCAAGAUCCCCCUGACCUCCAGGACCUAGACUUCUCUCCCCUGGUGAAGAGGCUGCGGCUGCCCACCUCCACCCUCACCCCCAGCGCUACCCACAGCCCCAGGUCUCGUCUUGGGGGGAAAAGGAAGUCCCUCCAUGGGGGGAGAGACACCAGCAGCAGCCCCCUGGCCUCUCUGUUUACCCCCCGUCGGCUCUCUGAGAAAGGGACCCCGAAACCAAGGUUGAGCCUCAGACCAGGACUACCAGAUCAGGGGAAGGGAGAUCAGUGGAGCUGUGGGGCCUGUACUUACUCCAACAACAUCCUGCUCCUUUACUGUGAGGUGUGUGAGUCCCCACUCCACAGGCCCAGCACUGCUCCAGACUCACAAUCUACAGGUUCACCUGCUGUGUCCCCAGGCUCCAGGCCUGAUCAGUUCACCCCUAGAGAACACCCCUGGAUCGUCCUCUCUGGGUCGGACAGCAAGCAGGAGGACCCCCCCUGUCCUGGUCCUGCCUCUCCCGGGACAACUGAACCACAGACAGACGGUCAACAGAGAGGGCUGGAGGAGGAGAAGCUCAAAGGCAAACAAUCACCAGGAGAGAACCAGUCAGCCCCUCAUGAGCACACUGAUGCCCAGACAGACAGUGUAUUUAGUCCUGCUGAUGGUGAUGCUACGGCCAGUCUCCCCCUGUACCCCAACAUGAAGUUCUGCGCCAGUAAGAACACUGAGCGUAUCUACCUUUACUCCCAGGAGGACAGUCCACUGCACUGGAAUUUCAUUCCUCUGGACAUUAAGCUGGACAGCUGGGAGGACCUGCCUGAAGCCUUCAGACGCAGAGAGAACAGGACACAGAUAUUGAGGUUUGUUCAGCAGUGGAGCACUCUGACAGCCAUGAAGCAGAGACUGAUCCGCCGCAGUGGUCUCCUGUUCUGCAGCCCAGUCCUGGUCCUGGACCAACUGACCAGCACCCAGCGCAAACACAGCAGCACCAAGAGGUAUCUAACCAAAGAAGAUGUGUCCCAGGCCUCUCUCAGUAAGGCUCAGUGUGAUGGAGGAACUGUCCGCACGAUCAACAAGGAGAUCUUCUUCACCAAGAGGAGAACUGCCUCUAUGUCACGACCCAACACCUCUGCCUCCGUCCCAGAGAAACCAUCCGAGGUGCACCCAGAGCCUCCUGUUGGUGCUCCUGAGGGCCCGUCAGAGGCUGAAGCUGGGUACCUGCAGGUGCUGGACAGUGAGGGUCGACCCUUGUGUCUGUCCUGCCACAAGGCCUGUGGGUCCACCGGAGGAGCCUGGGACACCUGUUUCUGUAGCCAGACGUGUCAGGAGGAGUUCCAGCUGCGCUCCAGCCAGGCCUACAUGCGUGCCCGGGUACUGCAGACGGAACAGGGGGUGUGUCAGAGCUGCGGCCUGCAAGCCCACCAGCUGUACCUGAAGGUCCGCGACGCCCCGCCCACACACAGGAAGGAGAUGCUAGAGAACACCGGGCUGGCCCAGCUGUCACUCAAACAGCUGAAUGAGAUGAUCCGUGCCCCCGCGGAGGGUCAGUUCUGGCAGGUGGACCACAUCCGACCCGUCUACAGUGGGGGAGGACAGUGUUCCCUGGACAACCUACAGACACUCUGCACUGUCUGCCACAGAACCAGGACAGCUCAGCAAGCCAAGGACAGAAGCCAGAUGAAGAAAGGACUGGCAGCCUCCAAGGUGGCUUCAGACAUCACUCGCUUCUUCAUAAAGAAAUGAACCAAGGAAGGAAGGAGGGAAAGUUGGAGGAGUACUGAGUGACAUAGGAAGGAUGCUUCUUCAGUGUGUUGUCAUCUCUGUGAAGAAGGCUACAUGUCACAGUUGGUUCUCAAUGCUGCCACUGAUGUCCGUGUUAUGGAUUCACCAGCAAUCCAAUGUAGAGGAACAUCGCCUCCUUCCUUUAAUGACAUCAUGUUUAAGUUGGAUCAUUGAGAGUGUUGAUGUGAAGACUGUUCUUUCAGGGGUGUUUUUUUGUUGAGUUACCUGAAUAUAUUUUGACUAAAACACUGCUGCCUGUAUCAAAUGCAAAGGUUCCUAAUGAGCAGCUACGCUCCUUCCCAUGUUGUCCCCGAACCGUCAGCAGUGAGCCUGGGUUGAUUUAUAACGGGCUUAUCUAGCUCAGAUACAGGCUGAACUGAACCAAGCUGGGCAGGCUGCUGCCUGUUUGAGUUGCCAGCCUGCCUGCAUGCCUGCCGAGCGCUCGCUGCUAUUUUAGGUUGUGCAAACUUGGUAGAAAAACCCUGAUAUGUGUGAUGCUCUAGUUUACAUCUUGACAGGAUAUCACAAGUGUUUUCCUUUAUGUCCUCUACAUGUAGGCUAGUUGAUAGUGUCUUUAUGUCCUCUACAUGUAGUCUAGUUGAUAGUGUCUUUAUGUCCUCUAUAUGUAGGCUAGUUGAUAGUGUCUUUAUGUCCUCUACAUGUAGUCUAGUUGAUAGUGUCUUCAUGUCCUCUACAUGUAGUCUAGUUGAUAGUGUCUUCAUGUCCUCUACAUGUAGUCUAGUUGAUAGUGUCUUUAUGUCCUCUACAUGUAGGCUAGUUGAUAGUGUCUUUAUGUCCUCUACAUGUAGGCUAGUUGAUAGUGUCUUUAUGUCCUCUACAUGUAGGCUAGUUGAUAGUGUCUUUAUGUCCUCUACAUGUAGGCUAGUUGAUAGUGUCUUUAUGUCCUCUACAUGUAGGCUAGUUGAUAGUGUCUUUAUGUCUUCUACAUGUAGUCUAGUUGAUAGUGUCUUUAUGUCCUCUACAUGUAGUCUAGUUGAUAGGUUUUCUGUGAUGUCUACUGUUUUAGCAGGAGUCUUGGAUUUGUUAGACUGAGCAUGAAUGGAUGAACAAACUCGACUGAAAUGAAAAUAAAACUCUAUUAUUAUC